AUGCUCACCUCAUUAGGCCCUCCAAGAACACCAACGUCCCCAGUGGGAUACCUGAUGUUAUGGCACGACCAGGAGCUGACCCACUGCUGCACUCACCCUACCCAGCGCCUGGUGGUCACAGCGUCGCGGGACACUACCUUCAGACUGUGGGACUUCAGGGACCCCUCCAUCCACUCUGUCAACGUGUUCCAGGGCCACACAGACACGGUGACCUCAGCUGUCUUCACUGUGGGAGAUAAUGUGGUCUCUGGCAGCGAUGACCGAACAGUCAAAGUGUGGGACCUGAAGAACAUGAGGUCUCCGAUAGCAACCAUCCGCACAGACUCUGCCGUCAACAGGAUCAGUGUAUCCAUGAACCAGAAGAUCAUCUCUCUCCCUCAUGACAACCGGCAAGUGCGGCUCUUUGACAUGUGCGGCGUGCGGCUGGCUCGCCUCCCACGCAAUAACCGAGAGGGCCACAGACGUAUGGUGUGCUGCUCGGCCUGGUGUGAAGACAGCUCUCCCUGUAACCUGUUCACCUGCGGCUUUGACAGACAGGCCCUUGGCUGGAGCAUCAACAUCCCGGCCCUGCUGCAGGACAAGUGA